AUCACUGUCCCUUGCUUCGCGUGCCCUUGGCCUGGGGUGAACCUCCCUGAGAAUUGGGAGAACACCUCACGGGAGUCUGCGGUAUACAUCUAUCGCAUCUUCAUGGGUGCGGACGGCAACCACAGUUUGCACAAAAAGUCUAAGCGUGACGACAAGACCGACUACAGUUUGGCUGGCGGUCGUGCGUUUUUCGCCGACGCAGAAAGGAUGGCUGCCUUUGCUAAGAAGACGUCGAAGGAUCGCACUGUACAAACAUGCAGUGGGUUCAAGGUCACUCGAUCCCAACGAGCGGGCAAGUUCCGCAACAUGGACAUCAGCGGGGUGGUCGCGAUUACCUGUCUUCGCCAUGGUUGUUUCUUCUCUAGAGCGGUGGUUGAUCUUGUUGGGAACGAGCAAUUCCACCUCGUAGAUUUGGCUAUGUGUGGGGCCUUUGAGAGCGCGUACAAGCUGCUUGAGCACUUGCUCAGCUACGAUGUGGGAUGUACGUACCUCGUCGGCCUUAUGAACAGGUGGGACGAGUGGAACCUGCCCCUGGAGAUGCGCAAGGUCCUCGCAUGCAUGAAAAUCCUCCUCCCGCAAAUGCACAUGCUCGCCCACAAGGAGAGUUGUCAGAUCAAUUUCGCAAUGUGCUACAAGCAAGGUACCGGCCACAGCAACGGCGAGACGGUCGAGAUCGCCUGGGCUAUUCUGAAUGAGAUCGGCGUCGCGACUCGCAAGAUGAACGGGGGUGCCCGCCACGAUGCGAUCUGCGAUAGCAUCAAUGACUACAACUGGGACAAGAUGCAGGGUUUGGGUGAGUCUCGUUAG